GCGCUUUCAGGCUGCUCGUGUUGGCGGUGACGAUGAGGUCAGCUGUGCUCGGCACGGUCCUGCUGGCAGCAGCGGCGUCCUACUACAUCUACCUGCCGCUGCCCAGCGCUGUGGCCGAACCGUGGAAGCUCAUGCUGCUGGACGCGGUGUUCAGGGCGAUGAUGCAUGUGGGUAAUUUGGUCCAGGAUCUCGGUCUGGCUCACAACACCCACGUCCUGAACUACAUGGUGACGCUUGUCGAGGUUCGGGGUCCACAGUCCAGCAAGUCCGUGCGGGUCACUGACACUUCCUUUGGGGGGGUGCAGGCCCGGGUGUUUGAGUCCACUUCACCCAGCCCGAGACGCCUGAAACGAGGGGUGGUCUAUUUCCAUGGAGGAGGGUGGGCCCUAGGAAGUGGACGAAUGCGAUCCUAUGACCUCUUGUGCAGGAGGAUGGCUGAGGAUUUGGACGCAGUCAUUAUAUCUGUGGAUUACAGACUUGCCCCUGAAGUUCAUUUCCCAGAGCCAUAUAAUGAUGCUCUGCAGGCCUGCAGACACAUCCUGACAGCGGAGGUGCUAGCUCUGCUCUCUGUGGACCCGGAGAGGGUGGCCGUGUCGGGUGACAGCGCCGGAGGUAACCUGGCUGCUGCUGUGGCUCAACAGCUGGCCUUGGACAACAGCGUCUCUAUCAAGUUCAAGGUACAGGCCCUUAUCUACCCUGUGCUCCAGGCUCUGGACUUCAAUACACCAUCUUACCAGCAGAAUGGCAAUGUACCCAUCCUCUACCGCCCCCUCAUGGCCCGAUUUUGGCUAGAGUACCUGAAUGGGGACCUGAAGCUUGUUCCUUCCCUGCUGGCUAACAACCACACAGCCGUGAAUCUGGGCCAGGAAGCGGUGGUGGCAGCUAAGGCUAAGAUGAACUGGACCAACCUCUUAGCACCUGCCUUUCAGAAGCACUAUAAGCCGGUGGCUCCUCAUCUUGGCACCCCUGGGCUCCUAGAACAGCUGCCUGGCCUGCUGGACGUUCGGGCAGCUCCUUUGUUGGCCGAGAGAGAAGUUCUAAAGCUGGUCCCGCCAGCCUACAUCAUGACCUGUGAGCAUGACGUGUUGCGGGAUGACGGCCUCAUGUACGCACGGCGCCUGGAGGAUGCCGGAGUGGCCGUCACCAGUGACCAUUACACAGAGGGUUUCCACGGAUGCAUGGUCUUUGCUUUCUGGCCUGCACGUUUCACGGUGGGGAUGCAGAGUAUGAGGAACUACAUCCACUGGUUAGAGCAGAACCUCUAAGCUCCUGUAGACCCUGCAGGCUCUAGAAGAACCUGUAGGGUACUAUGCAACCUGUGAGCGUCCAUAGAACCCACAGGCUCCUUUAGACCCUGUGGGCUUUAGUGGAACCUGUAGGCUCCUGUAGAAUCCGCAGGCUCCUGAGGAACCUGUGGGCUUCUUAAGGACCUGUAGGCUCCUGCAGAACCUGUAGGUUUCUGUAGAACUUGAAGGCUCCUGUAGAACCUGCAGGAACCCAGUGAAGUAAUGGUUACCAAAACUGGUCCUGGGGACCUGGAGAACCACUGUUCUGCCCAAAGGUUUCCCUGCUCUGAUGCUGCAAUCAUGAUAACUGGGAAUUUGGAAGUGUCAGAUUUAAAGCUUCCCACUUUACACCUAAGAGUGUUAAAGGAACCUCAACUGUUUGAGGCUGGAAAAUUGGCAGUCUUAAAGUCAGUGUAAAGGAAAUUUAGAAAUUUGUUUCUAAACAAAAAGACUAUGUAAUACUGAAUAUUGAAGUUAGACCGUUAAUCUGUUUUCCAUCAUUGUUGUGUUCAGGACUUUUUGGGGGUCCUGAAAUCAUGGCUUGAUGACGCACUUGAGCCAUACUUAGCAUGAUCGCUCCCCUCACACUACAGCGCAUUCGCAUCAGUGGUUCUCCCACUCAAUUGUGAGUCACUACACCUGUUACAGCUACAGUUUGCUUGCUAGCUAUGCCUUCAUCCCGCACAAGCAUCUUUCCUAGAAUGCCAGAAUUUGCAGAACAGCUUGCUGGUCAUCUGCUACAGUACUUGCUUCGCUAACUUCAGGUAAGCUACGGCACUGUCUGCUACGUUGGCCAGCCUGCCCUACUCGAGUCCCUUCGUGCUGUGCUCGAGUUAGGUCAGUCCCCCAUGGCUACAUUUUACUGGGAAAUGGAGGACCUUCCACAGAGCCUUGGCCCCCGGUACGGCUCGCCGACCCUUACAGCGCUACCCUCACUAACUUCGGCUAAGCUAAAGGCUCUAUCAGCCAGCUGGCCUACUCUAGCCCAUUUGUGCUGUGUGUGCUAGCUCAGUGCCCAGUGGCUGCAUUUCACACCGUGAGCCCUGGCUGCCAUUAUGGCUCACCAGCCCUCCUCAGACAGCUAGACUAACGGUGCUGUCAGCUACGUGGUACUUUGAGUAGCCAAGUCUGUCCGACUCGAAGACCACGUGAGGUUAGCGAUUUUUGUGUCCAGGCAAUAUGUUAGCCAGAAUAGCCGUUUAUGGAACAGGGCUAACAGGCUACAGGCUAAUACUUCUCCAUUAGCUUACGCUAGCCUCGCAUAAAUGGAAGAAAGAAAUGGCCGUUCAGUUGCAGACUGAGAGGAACAAGGUUGAUUUUUGGGUAGGUGUAGAUCUGAACUGGAUUCUAGCUCUGGAGGCUCAAAUAAAGCUGCUAGCAUCCAUUUCUUAGGUCGUAGUAGUAUUUGACACUUUCCCACGUUUGGGCAUGUUUCUGCGUCUUUAGCGGACGUGCUGCCAGCGUUUCAGCUGAGAAUAUUGCUUAUUUUCUCAUGAAUUGAAAUCCUAAUUUUAUAUAGUUGGCGAUUUUUUUAGUAAUUCAAAUGUUUGGGUGGUUAAUAACACAUUUUUUCUGUGAUGUGAUAAACUCAGAACACAUAUGUAUUACUGAUUUACACACUUUAAAGCAUAUCUUAUACAAACAGAAACCACCAACUCAGAGAAGUUGGAACUCUUAUCAAGUUCCCACUUACAGAGUGGAAAUUACUAGUUAAGUUGUGGUUUAGUGGAUUUUUCAUACUUUUACAGCUUCCCAGUUCCGUCUUAGUCAUGAAGGCAUCAGGACACAACCACUUCAUCUCAGCAGGGGCUUGUUAACUAGCUAAUUAGUUGCAGCAGGUCUGCUGGGACCAGGAAAAUGUUAUAAUGUGCAGAGCACAGGGUUCUCCAGGACCGGCGUUGGUAACCACUGUUGUAGAGCAUUUGUGUGACCGCUCCAAGUGGCCAGAUGAUGGUCACGCAACAGGGAAAAUCUACAAAAUACUUUAUUUACUGAGUCUGACCUGCUUAUAAAACCUCUUUGGGAUACAUCAAUGCAACAUGACAAUGCAAAAUCGUGAGCUCUGACAAUGCUUAGAGAGUUCUUACUGUAGUUAAACAUGCACUGGCAGGACUGGUGCCACUAAAGCUCUGCCACAGAGCACAUGUGUCGGACUGCAUUCCUGGAGGGCCGCAGCACCGCAGGGUUUAGCGUUUGCACUGCUUUAACCCUUGAAAGGAAUAUUCCUGUGUUUUUCAGUCUGAUCUCUGUCUGGUGCAUCUGUAUCAAUUACCACAGACCAUAAUUUCAAUUUCAAUUCCUUACAAUAGAA